AUGAAUUGGGAGCCCACCAGGAUGGCCAUCUUAGUCUUGAAGGAGAUCUUUGGUCGAGGUCCCCCGCCUGGAGACACAUGUGAUGAGCUUUCUGUGCCGAUCUGCUCCAGAGACUUCUCAACAGCUUCCACCGCUUGCCCCUGGACCUUCUCUUCCUCUAGGAUAGACAUGACGCUCAUUCAAAAGGCCCCAAAAAUUGCACAAAUAUGCAAGGGUCCUGACAAUCCAAAAAAACCAAUUUUCAUGCAAGUCAUGGCCUGCAUCCAAGAUAUAUCGCGAUGGUUGUCGUCGCUCAUCUCCGCAGGAUUCCUGAAAGCUCGGCAAUGGUCGCACAACCUCCGCCUUAUCCAUGUCACUUGCAUUUGUGGAGAAGCGCAGUACUGUGCAGGGCUGAACCCCGCGCGGGGAAACAUGGAAAAGCUCAAUGGUUAUGAAUGGAAAAGCGACUCCGAGGACGGGGAUGAUUCAUUAGCUUCUCAAAAGGCAAUCCGGAUUUGGGGACCUGGGAAGAUAUUAGUCUCUAACUUCAUUGUUAAUAUAACGGAUCAACCCCAUCUACGCCCGCAGCCAUUUUUAUUCCCCAUUCGAGCGGAAGAAGUGCAGCCCAUGUCAAUUCUUCGUUUUCUAUAG